AUGGCGGACGCCGCCGAGCUUGCGCGCCUCCUCUGCCCCCGGGCCCCGCCGCGGCUGUCGCUUCCACAGAGCUCCGUAUAUUCACAGCGGCCACAGAGCCUGCUCAGAGCUCUCCCCCGCCUCCGCCCUCCCAUCUGUCUCCGGUGCCGCGCGCUCGACGCCAGUAGGCCAGUUGCGGUGGAGGGGGAGCGGGACGAGGAGGACGGGCUCGAGGAUGAGGAGGAGUCCUACUUCUCAGUCACCUCGUCGGGGCUCUCGGAGGUGGACUACCUCGGGGAGAGCACCAGGGGGGAUUUGAACGUGUGGAGGGAGCGCCUCGAGGCGCUAGGUGGGAACGGCAAGUCAACUUUGCAUGGUCCUAUUGAGGAGAUAGCCUGGAAAGAACAUUGCUUCAUGACUUGGGAAUUGCAAACUCAUUGA